GCCGCCGUAACACAAUGAACCGUUGAUCAAUCGAGACGGGCCGAACCCGGGUGUAACCGUCUCCGCCAAUCCAACUCUGUGACCUCGAGCGGACAAAGUCACGGAUCUGGCCGAGCGAGCAAUGUGAAAUGUGGAUCUCUCACCUUCCCACACCGAGCCGCUUCAGUCCGCCAAGCCCACCAUGUUCCGCCCGCCUCCCCGACCCCGCACCGAGUUCCGCGACCGGAUAAUUCCCGUUCCACUUCCCCGCAUCUCACCCCGAUCCCGUCAUCCUCCCGAUUCUCGACUCCCCACUCCGUUCCGAGCUCAGAUCCACAUUCCGUCUUCCAUCCCGGAUCCAUACACGCCGUUCAUUGUUGAAAGAAGGUGGAAAUGUCACUCCCCAACGCCCAGCCCAUCAUAAUCUCACCGGAGAUCACCAUACAGCCCCCGCUCACUCGUCGGGGAACGGGACCCGGAUUGAUCCUUGCUGUGCCGCCCGCGAAGCACGUCGAGUCUAUAAACCGGCUCAUUCUCGACCAGAGCCAGAAAACGCUAGAUCCCGAGCCGCUAAAGAAAUGGGCUGAAGAGGGGUACGCGGUUGUGCAGGUCACUUAUGACGACAUGGACCUGUCAGUGAACUUUGGGGAUUUGGUUGGGAGAGCAAUCGCGGAACUUGAGAAGGUCAAGGAGUGCGAGGGGGUGGAGAAGGUUGGUCUUGUUGUGCACGGGGCGGGCAGCUUCGACCGCAUCGCCUCCGCCCUCGCCUCCGCCCUCGCCGCCAACCCUCGCAUUAUGUCCUGCGUCUACUACGGCCCCUUUCACUCCAUCUGGGCGAAAGAUAUCUCAGUCCCCAUUCUUGCCCACGUACCCGGCCCCGUCCACCAACGCUCCGAGAGCAACAUUAAAAUGCUUGGGGAAGAUCCCAAAAAUUUCAAGGGUCACUACUACCCUAACUUGGAAAUACUCGAUUACUUCGCCCUCCCUUCGUGCGUAGCGUUCAACCCAAACGCUGCCUCCGUCGCCCACACCCGCUCCCUCACCUUCCUCAAGCCGUUGCUUGGAGGGCCUUACUUCGACCUGGAAGCCAUCUGGGACGAGCACACAAAGUACGAGUUCGAGGACCGCAGCGUCGAGAAGACCAUGGCCACCAUGGUUGACCAGCCCUACGUCAACCACAUCCCGACACUAACGGGUGGCAUUGGGCGGGAGAACUUGACCAAGUUCUACCGGGACCAUUUCAUCCACAGUAAUGCGGAAGACGCGCAGUUGGAGCUGGUGAGCCGGACAGUGGGCAUCGAUCGGAUUGUUGAUGAGUUCCUGUUCAACUUCACUCACGAUAGGGUGGUUGAUUGGUUAAUCCCCGGCAUCCCCCCAACCCACCGCAAGGUGAGCAUCCCGUUCACGAGCAUCGUCAACAUCCGUGGCGAUAGGUUAUACCACGAGCACAUUGCCUGGGACCAGGGGACCGUUCUCAGACAGCUGGGACUGUUGCCUGGAUACCUACCGUUUCCGUAUGCGUUGCCGGAUGGACGGCAACCGGGAGAGGGAGGGAAGAGGUUUGAGUAUCGGGUCCCGGUGGCCGGGGUGGAGACGGCGAAGAAGUUGGUGGAUGAGAAUGCGGUUGAGUCAAAUGAGAUGCUUGGAUAUGAGGUUCGGGAGGUGCCGGGUGAGUGAUCACCGUCGGGUGUUUAUGCUUAUUUAAAGAAUGCCGGAUGAUACACGGUUGUCAUGACGGAUAAAACUCCCCCGCAAAGGUUGUUGGUCGUUAAGGUAUGUUAGCGCGAGGCACAGAAAGGCUCGGUUAUCGGGAAGGAUGCCGACGGGAUGACGGGAUACCUGAAAUAUAUAUCGAUAAGAACCAACAAGGUUGGUGUCUGUCAGCUUCCAACGGUUCCUGAGGCUGUGAGACCCCGU